CUUUUUCGUGUGUUGUUGUGUGUUCCUGUGUGGAUGACUUCUGAAGUCCCGGAUCCGCAGAGUGCACAGCUUCACUGUGAGAAUGCAGAUGUUCAACGCUAUCAGAGAUCUCCUCAUCGGAUGUGAGUAGAGAGGCGACACGUUCGUUUAAAAAAACAAAUAUGUCGCUUUCAUUUCUUUUGUUUAAUGUUGAGAGAACUAUUCUUAGAGCGUCAUCUCUACACAUUUUAAACUGCUUCGUUGUGUAUCGAUUGCUUUUAUACUGUAGUUUGUGAACUAGAUUCAAGGUGCGUGAAUGUUUGGUAUGGAAAAAGUGUUUGGUCUGGAGAGUAUUUGUGUAGCUGUUUCUAUGUGCUUGGUCUUUUUUGACGUUUUUAGUGGAGGGUAUAGGAAAGGGCAUGGGGAAGCCUUAUGGUUUUGGAUAGCGGGGAUGGUAAUUAUAAAAUGGAGUAAUAUAAUUAAACAACCCACCCUCCUCUCCCCCUCCCCCCAACCGGAUGACUAGAUGGUCCUAGUCGAUUUAGACUGACGAACAACAACAUAUAACGGAGUGUUAGAAUUUCGGAGUUGUUUGUUUGAUAGAAAUACAUUUGACACGAAUCAAAGGUUUCGUCAAGUAGUUGAUGUACCCGCUAGGACAACUAGGCUAUUGAACGGUGGUGAUCUCGAGGUCGUAACACUGGAGUUUGUGAUUUAUACUGUGAUUGUAACCCCCUAGAUGCGAGAGAUGCAGCCGUGAUUGCCAUUCAAAGUGUAGAGCUAUAUAGCUACUCCACCGUCUCACGAAGACGGAAUGAUGCCAUAUAUGUAACCCCCCUAGACGAAAGGGAGCCUACUGCCCUCAGUACACGUACUUACUGCGGGAGUUGUUUGUGUGUGACGACGGUAGAUGCUAACACGUGGAAGUUAUUAAGGUUGGGACGAUCGUAACUGAUUAUAUACUGAUUUUGACCAGCUGUCAGUUCAGGCAUACAUUAAACUAUGUUUCUAUAAAUUCCUUACCAAGAGAUCCAGUGAUGCGAAGUGGGAAAAAGUAGGUCCGCGAAAUGUGUGUGUGUCUGUCCAUGUGUGUUUUUAGACUAUGUGCCCGUGAAUAUGUUUGUAUAUGUGUCUGUCUAUGUUCCUGACUAUGUGUAUCUGUAAAUGUUUCCGAUUGAGUGUAUGAGAAUGUGUCAAUCUGUGUGGUCAUAUAGUUUGAAUUCUUUGUCUGUAAAUAUGUAUUUGUGUGUACACGAUUCUAUAUUGUGUUCACAUAUUAUGAGUCGGUUUGGUAAUGUAACAUACUCGCAUCGCUUCUUUUUUUCUAUUUUAUAACUUGAUAUUUUAGGUAUUUUAUCUUUUAUCUCCCUUACCUAAACUGUCAGUUUAUUCUAAGAACCACCAAAGAUUGUCAGCAUGUCUAGCAAGACGUACCACUUAAAAAUAGGAAACAGUAGAAUUUAGUAUAUUAUGGAAGCUUGAAUCGAAAAACAAGACAAGAAGAUAAGCACGUUUCGGCUAAUUGUCUUCCCCAGCAGUCAGGGCAAAUGGAAAUACGAUUAGCAAUAGAAACACGUUUAAAAAAAAAAACAACUCAAGUGUUCACGAUUAAAAAGUUCGUGGCAGUUACACACAAAUAGCAGCGGCCGAGUGUCAGAGAGUAGAGGACAAUAAAUGAAGGACUGCGUUCGUGCUGUCUGGAGGAAGCAGUAGAAAAGACGUGGAAUCGCUUUGCCGAAACGUUCUUGUCUCAUUGUCCUGUCAUUUUAUUUCAAGCUCCCACUUUACCUUGCUCUACUAUGUCCUUCACAUCGCUCUCAACGCAGUCCUUCAUUUCUUCUUCUUCUAUAUCUUAAGGGCCCACGAUCAAUUUAUUGAUCAUUUUGGCUCCUAUGCAUGUAGAUGGGAUUUGCAAUGUUUCUGUUCCUGGUGUUGAUGAGGAAAUUUCACAGAUUUCCAGUGCCACUUUGUGAGGGAAUCAUGCACUGGGGGUUUGAAGGCUUGAGGCAAUAGACACAAAUGUGUCUAGUGUUGUCGCCUCAACCGUUCCUUUUGAAAGAUUGUUCCAGUCCCUGAUUGUCUUGGGCAGGAAUGAGCAGCUCCUAUACUGGCUUCUUGCUGGUAUGAGCCUGAAUUGCCUGUCAUGGCCUCGUCGCUGUCUAUGGGGGAGAGGUACGAGUUUCUGUUUAAUACUGGAACAGUGGACCAGCCCAUUAUUUAUCUUGUACAUCAUGGAGAGCCUGGAUUGUCGUCGUCGUUUCUCCAAUGGUGACCAGCCUAGUGUUUCUAGCAUGCUGCCAACACUUGAGGUAUUCCUGUAGCGGUUUAGGACAAAGCGUGCUGCUCGUCGCUGGACCGCCUCCAACCUGUCAAUGCUCUUCUGGGUAAAUGGGUCCCAGACUGAAGAUGCAUAAUCUAAAAUCGGACGGAUAAAGGCUUUAUAUGCUCUUUCUUUCACACAGGAGUUGCCAAUCUUUAGAUUUCGCCUUAAGAACCCUAGGGUCUUGUUUGCUUGGUUACAUACAUUGUUAAUAUGUUCAUCCCAUCGGACCUCUCUUUGAACCACUUACAAAUGCCUGGUAACAUCGAGCAAGUGGGCGCUUUUAGUGUUGCAACAGCCGGCGAGGGACAUAUCAAAAGGGCGAUCUUCUAGUCUGUACUCGGAAGAAGCUGUCAACAAAAACGGGUUUGCGGGGGGAGGGGGGGGGGAUCAGUUACGGAUUGCGUGGACGUUAGGGGAGAUGACAAUCGUAUUCAGCUAUGAUUAAUGAAAUGUGUGGGUUUUUUUCAAGUAUAGUGGUUUUACUUAGAAUAGCGGUUUUGUUUAGAUUGGUGGUUUUGUUUAAAUCAGUGGUUUUGUUUAGAUUGGUGGUUUUGUUUAACUUACUGCUUUUGUUAGAUUAGGGGUAUGCUUAGAUUGGUGGUUUUGUUUAGAUUGGUGGUUUUGUUUAAAUCAGUGGUUUUGUUUAGAUUGGUGGUUUUGUUUAGAUUGGUGGUUUUGUUUAAAUCAGUGGUUUUGUUUAGAUUGGUGGUUUUGUUUUAAUCAGUGGUUUUGUUUAGAUUGGUGGUUUUGUUUAACUUACUGCUUUUGUUAGAUUAGGGGUAUGCUUAGAUUGGUGGUUUUGUUUAGAUUAGUAAAUUUUUUUUUUUAGAUGUUAUUUUGUUUAGAUUAGCGGUUUUCCAAAGUCUCUUGCAUGCCUCGUAAGCCCUGAAUCAAAUGAAACCAUUGUUAUGAUCUAAAAAGUUUGCUUUGGUUAUUUCCUUGGCCCCCCUUGUCGAAAUGAAACGGUUUCAUAACAUCUUAGGUCGGCAUGGCAUUCUCGAUCAGUUGCAAUAUUUUUUGUUGAGUAAUCAGCAUGUGUUAUCAAAUUGAACAAAAGGGACAAAGUUGAGCUACUUGCAAAUCGUGUAGGUCUUACAAGCAACAAGAUUAAUAUUUUCAAAUAUAUUUAAUUCGGUUUUGAGAAGAAAAGUUCAGAGCUUUAUGAUAUGUGCGAUAUUUGUUUGCGAUAUAUUGAGCACCGCAGUGCAAUCAGCAUAAAAUGGAUACUAUACAUAUCCUACUGAAGUCAUCAUUUUGAGAAAAUGAAUCAGUUUUCAAACUAGAUAAAUUGGAUUCAAGUUUUGGUGUGUUUUUUUUUGUGUUUUUUUUUUGUUUUACAAAAAAUGAAAUGCAAAUUUGUUUAGUCACUGGAUAAAUGUAGGAUGCCACUUGGCUUUUUGUUGAGAUUGUUUGUCUUGCUUUUUUUUUUUUGCUGGUUUGUUUGUUGCUUUGUUUGUCUUUUUUUUUUCGGUGGGAGGGGGGGGCUCACAAGCAGCAAAAUCUUGGACUUGGUGAUGUUUUUAGUUUUUAAACUAACAUUCAUCAGACGAAAAAAGUGUAUCCUUAGUUUUAACAAUGUAUAACCUAUUUCGCCAAAUCAUUUCCUCCACUUUAAAGGGGCGAAUAUGUUGACAGAAAAAAAAGGGGGGGGGGCGCUUNUGUUUUUUUUUUGUUUUACAAAAAAUGAAAUGCAAAUUUGUUUAGUCACUGGAUAAAUGUAGGAUGCCACUUGGCUUUUUGUUGAGAUUGUUUGUCUUGCUUUUUUUUUUUGCUGGUUUGUUUGUUGCUUUGUUUGUCUUUUUUUUUUCGGUGGGAGGGGGGGGCUCACAAGCAGCACAAUCUUGGACUUGGUGAUGUAUUUAGUUUUUAAACUAACAUUCAUCAGACGAAAAAAGUGUAUCCUUAGUUUUAACAAUGUAUAACCUAUUUCGCCAAAUCAUUUCCUCCACUUUAAAGGGGCGAAUAUGUUGACAGAAAAAAAAGGGGGGGGGGCGCUUUUGCGUUUAUAUCUAACACCUGGGCUUAACCGGAUGCAGUUUGUUUACACCGGGUCCGGGAUUUUUCAGGAAAUACCCGGUAGGUCCAAACAGACUUCUCAAAUUCUAUAAUUCACGCCGGCCUACAGACAGUCCUUCACACUACCUGCCGGUCUUUCAAUAAUAGUCCUACAGACAGUCCUACACCCUACCUGCCGGUCUUUUAACAAUAGUCCUACAGACAGUCCUACACCCUACCUGCCGGUCUAUUAACAAUAGUCCUACAGACAGUCCUACACAAUACCUGCCGGUCUUUUAACAAUAGUCUUACAGACAGUCCUACACAAUACCUGCCGGUCUUUUAACAAUAGUCCUACAGACAGUCCUACACCAUACCCGUGGCUCCUGAUUUAUUGCUAUAACAUUCGUCUCCGAAAAAAUUUAACCCUCUUAUCUGAGUUCACACCGUCACGCGUGACGCUCGCUUGCUUGACAUCUCGUACCACAUAAUAACAUUAUAUCAUCUUCAUUUCUUCAGUUUUCUCUUCUAACCAAAAAUUCCUUUUAUAAACAAUCUGAACUAUUACCCGUCAUUUUAAGAAAAAUAGUUUUAAACAUUUCAGGCACUAAGUAAUCUCAAAAUUCUUCCAAAGUCAGAAAAUAAUGAUUCGUUUAAACAUGCACAUAACAGUUUUUAUAUUUGUAUAUAUAUAUAUAUAUAUAUAUAUAUAUAUAUAUAAUAUAUAUAUAUAUAUAUAUAUAUAUAUAUAUAUAUAUAUAUAUAUAAUAUAUAUAUAUAUAUAUAUAUAUAUAUAUAUAUAUAUACACAUAUAUUUAUAUAUAUCAAUAAAAGGCAAAGCCUCACUCACUGACUGACUCAUACUAAUUCUCCAACUUCCCCUGUAGACAGAAGCAUGAAAUUGGCAGACUUAUUCCUUACAGCGUACGUACAAAAAAUAAGCAGGUUUCAUUUACAAAAUCUGUACCCCGGCCGGGGGCCCAAAACGUCGUUUUUUUCCCUAUAUGAGUUAUAUAAAUAAAAUGAUCAACAAAUACUGCUUCAUAAAUAGAUGGAUCUUGACCAAACUUAAUAUACAUACAUUUGAUUAUCCAUAUUCAAAUACCGAAGGGUACUUAACACAUAAUAUCUAUCCCUUUGUCGCCGAGGACCCCAUUUUAUUUGUCCAUCUAUAAGCAAUAUAUAUAAUAAUAGGCCUAGAACUCCAACAUGAAUAGAUGGAUCUUGACCAAACUUAGUAUACGCACUCUUGACUAUCCAUAUUAAAAUACCGAACGGUACAGAUCUCAUAAUAUUCAUAUCCCUGGGGCCGGGGCGACAUUUAAUUUUUUAUUAUAUAAGCUAUAUUCUCCAACUUCCCCGGUAAAUAGAAGCAUGAAAUCGGCAGUCUUAUUCCUUACAGCUUACUUACAAAAGUUGAGCAGGUUUCAAUUCGAAACACUACCCACAAAUGUUCACAAGGGGGGGGGGGGCUACCAAUUCGGUUGUUUUUGUCCUUAUAUAAACUUUAUAAAUGAAAUUAACAACAAAUACUUCUACUUGUAUAGAUGGAUCUGGACAAAACUUAGCAAACAUGCACUUGAUUAUCCAUAUUCAAAUAACCAAGGGUACUGAACUCAUAGUAUCAAUCCCUCAGGGGCCAGGGGCCAAAUUUAUUUUUCCCAUUAUAAGUUAUAAAAAUAUCAAUAGGGUCGUCUGUACACCGUUAACCCAAAAAAUGCACAAUGCUUUUAUUGGCGAUUUCUGUUAAUCAACGUGGGUGGACCAACAUCCGUCCAAGAACUGACAACAGUAAAGUUCAAGUGUGUGCCACUUAUCGUGAAACUUGCCAAGAAUUAAAAAUUCUGGGACACGAUGCGCACUGGGACACCUCGCUCUCUGAUGCAUCGAAUAUUGCUCAACCACAGCAAAUACGCACUUUGUUUGCAAUGAUAUUAACAACGUUCUUUCCAUCCAAUCCAAAAUAUCUUUUGGAGAAAUACAAAAAUUAACAUGAGUGAAGAAAUCAUACAUCGUUUGCGUGCAACGAAUCAAAAUCCGGACAUUAAAAACGUGUAUAACGAGGCAUUGGUUCCGAUUGAUGAACAUAUGUUUAGCAAUCUCUAAGAAAGUACUGGUAGAAUUGGGAAUAACCUCUCCGAAUCGAUCUGCAAACAAAAUCUGGUGAUUUGCAACGAGAAACGCACUUUGAUAUCGAAGAAUUAAGUACAUUUGUUCAAAUAAAUCUUCCAAAAUUUGUUCCAUUGAAGUUACUAUUUUAAAUGGAAAAUUUAAACGAGGUGAUGUACUGUUGCCACGCAUCUCAAUGAUGCCAUUUGAAUUCAAACGCCUGCAGUUUCCGGUGCGACACGCGUUUGCAAUGACUAUCUACUAAGCACAGGGACAAUGGCUGCAAAUUUACGGACUAAAUUUAAAAAACCCAUGCUUCUCCCAUGGACAGAUGUAUGUGUCCUGCUCUCGCGUCGGAAAAACCUUCUGAUUUAUUUGUGUAUAUACCAGACGGAAAAACAAGAAAAACUUUGUGUAUUUGAAAGCUAAUUAAUAACCAUAAUUAAAAUGAAAACACUUUCUUUCUUUGAGUUGCAUUGCAACGCAUGCCAGGUACUUUCUAGUGUAUAUAUAUAUAAAUAUAUAUAACUAUAUAUAUAUAUAUAUAUACAUAUAUAAUUUGUUCUAUACUGAAUUUUUUUAAAAUAAUCAACUGUGUCUAAUAUAUAGUGAAUAAAAUUGAGUAGUUUAAAUUAGCUUUGCGUAGGUUCAGCAUCUGGACAAUAAUGAAUUUGUGGUCCUUCAUGGCGUAAGAAAGUUUCAUCAAACUCAAGCUUGAAAUGUGUUCUAAUUUUUUUUUAAAUAUUUUCAUUAGCCAGACGACUUGCCAGUCCUAGGUUACGGGAAAAAAUCGUUAGUGAAAUCGAUAUUUUGGCAAUGUUAUAUAAUGUCAUUCAAUCAUUAGUGGAUAGGAGAUUUUUGACAAUUUUAUAUUAUGACAAGCAAUCAUUAGGAAAUUAGAGAAUUUGACAAUUUUUACAUUACGACAAAAAAGAUUUUUAGGGAAUUAGACAUUUUGGUAAACCACGACAUUGUGACAGUGGAGGAAACCUCUUGAUGACAGGAAGUCGGAGUUACGGUAAAUGGCAACACACGAUGGCCACCCGACAUAUGAGAGUAAUUGACACGCAGAAAGCUGGUAGUGAGUGGACAAGAAUUGACGAAAAGAUUUAACAACAAUCAAGAGGACACACAAGUAGUAUACUUCAAAUUAACAGUCACGAGAAAAGAAAAUGCCCCCUCUCCCCUUCCCCUUGACUUUUAAGUAAGUUUAGAUCCGCCCCACCCCCAGUUAAUAUCAUCGUGACAAUCGAUUGUAGAUGUAAUUAUGUUUUGGGCUGCCGACCUGUGGCAAAGUUAUGUCAAUAUUUAGCUCACCAGCCCACGUGCGGGAGACAACCCUUGCAGUUAGCGUGCAACAAAUCGAUGCGUUGGCUAAGGACCCAUUCAAGUGGACUCAGUGAGUAACAAAAAAGGUGUCGUAGUGCGUAGUGAAUUGUUAUACAUUUCUUAAAUUGCUUAUAGCAUUAGAUAUAAUUAACAUUGACUAUGUGGUUUUAUUCGAGCUCGUGAACUGAAUUUUAAAAUAAUAAUAUUCUCUCAUCUGGGGCCUUUUAGUUGUAUAUCAAAAUUACUUCACUAUGAAGUAAUUUUGUAUGUCUGUGAUGUAAUUUUAUGGUAAACCUUAAAUUAAUUCUUAAACUUGCAAGUUUUUUUGUUUUUUUUUGUUCAGACAGUUAGGUAAUACAAUGACAAUGACGUUCCUAGAAAGACCGCUACAAGAGUUUGUGUGUACGAAGCUAAUACUCAACCAGACCUCCGUUUGGUCUUUUUAAAUAUCUUAUUCCCAAGACUGAUGUACCAAUAAGAUGAAUUUCACUGCCAGGAGCAAUAGAAAUAAAUCAGCAAGAUAGAGCACUAUAGUAUGCUAUUAAUGUAUGUACGACACAAAAAAACAACAACACAUGUCUGGUGGAACAAAAAAAAUGUCAACAUGUGAGUAGGAUCGACUGUGAAUGGCUGAAAGCAAAGUUUGGAUGAAGACGUUUGAGGUACUUCUGAUGUUCAGUUGACUUGCUGUGCAGAUGAGUCAUCUCUUGUGGAUUCUCGCAGUGUUAUUGCAGUGACGCAAACGCUGUUUAAGGGACCAAUGGCAAUGUGAGAUUACCUGGCUAAAGAUCAUGACAUAUUGUGAUCCACUGUCUGGUGACAAUGACAAUGUUGAAUCCACUGUCUGGGAGCGACGACAAUGUUACAUCCAUCGUCUGGUCGCGAUUACUAUGUCAAAACCACUGUCUGUGGAAAUUGACAAUGUUAGAUCUACUGUCUGGGGACAGUGACAAUGUUAGAUCCGCUGUGUAGGAAUAAUGACAAGGUUAGAUCCAUUGUUUGGUGACAACGACAAUGUUAUAUCGAUUUUCUGUGCACAAUGACAAUGUUAGAACCACUGUCUGUGGACUAUGACAAUGUUAGAUCCACUGUUUAGGAACAAUGACAAUGCUCGAUAUCCUGGUUGUCAGUAAGAUUGAAAAGAAUGGUUGAGGAAUAAGGGUCACAUAUCUGAAUUAUUCAUACGUAUAGAUUUUGCGAUAUCAUUAAGACGAGGACUGUUAUCAGAAAGCCAUAAUUGCGCAACAGCUGUUUCCAUUACUUGCUUUUGUUUCCGUUGACCUUAUAAAGCUUGGAUGCAGCGAUGCAAUGUGGCGCAUUCGUGAAUUAUUAGUCUAUUUCAAUUAUUUUACUCUUUGCGUCAUUUUAAAUUUAAUCAGAGACAGAAAAGUGCCUCCGGGGAUGGAGGGGAGGGGGUCGAACCGACUCCCCUUUGCCCUCUUCGUACGCCUGUAUGUUUGAUCACUUUAAUGCUACCUGUAAAUGUACAAGUAAAGGCUAUUUGCAAGCUCAACAAGUUUGGAAAAUGAUAUAGUUAGCACAUUUUCCAGAGACAGCAUUAAUCCGGGUUUCAUUUAAUCAAGUUUCGUUAUUUCCAAGUUCGUUAUUUCAAGGUUUGUUACUUUAGCGUUCGUUAUUUUAAGGGUCACUAUUUCAAGAUUUCACUGUAUAUAAAGUUGUUUUUUGUGUCGUAAUUUGUUCAUUACUUUGUUUGCAUGAUUAAAUUCUUUGUUUUCGCCGGGCCGCCAAAAAAUUUAUUUCGACACUGACCCGACAUCUUAGUGAACGCCGACACAGAUUUAAUAAGUUUUUUUACACUCUGGAACUAAGGUUUACCGGAUUCUAAUCACAAAUUCUGAACUUUCUCUCAGAUAUUAAAUAUGCCACCGCAUAUAGCAUUACACCGGUACACCAGUAGUCUUUAUUUAUUGUGGAGAUGUCCAGGCACAAACAUCGCGACUUUAAAAAAAGAAAGUAUCCCUUUCUCUCUCUCUCUCUCUCUCUCUCUCUCUUUAUAUAUAUAUAUAUAUAUAUAUAUACUGUUUUGUACCAGGGGUACUGGUGAUAUAAAUAUAUAUAUUUAAAUAUACAUAUAUAUAUAUUAUUUAUUCUUAGUAUGUACUUAUCAUAUUAAAAAAUUCUCUCAGAUGUUAAAUAUGCCACCGCAUAUAGCAUUACACCGGUACACCAGUAGUCUUUAUUUAGUGUGGAGAUGUCCAGGCACAAACAUCGCGACUUUAAAAAAAGAAAGUAUCCCUUUCUCUCUCUCUCUCUCUCUCUCUCUCUCUUUAUAUAUAUAUAUAUAUAUAUAUAUAUACUGUUUUGUACCAGGGGUACUGGUGAUAUAAAUAUAUAUACUUAAAUAUACAUAUAUAUAUAUUAUUUAUUCUUAGUAUGGACUUAUCAAAUUAAAAAAAAAAAUUUUAACAUUGACUAAAUUAUAACUUAUCCAUGUUCACAGUUGAAAAGACUAUUUUGGAGAUAAUGGGUAUCACAAUGAAUAAAGGGGAGCUAAGCGCAUUUCAGAAAAGCAAACUUCUACACGAGUUUCACACCUUCUUCGGUGAGUUCUGUUUGCUUGUCUGUUUGCUUGUUUGUUUGCUGUUUAUUUUAUUGAAGUUAUAAAUGAUAAUUUUUGCAAUAUUUGUUUUUUUUAGUGGUUGUCACGAAUUUAUUUCGUGUGGCUUCGUUGUCUAAGGGAUAUGAUAAUUUACAAAAACUCUGUCACUGUACACUAGUACACAAGCGUGCAUAAACGCUGAACACAAGAGUUCUUUCAGUUUUUUAGGUCUAAUCUUUUAUUUCAUCACUCUCUAAUCUAAUACGUUAUCCGAUUAGUAGUGUGGGUUCUGCUAACAAAUUUAGCCAAAGAACCACACAUAUACUACUUGGAUAACAACACUACUAUUUACUACUACUAUUACUAUUACUAACAACACCAACUAACAAUAACGCAGAUACCUUCAGCGCCUACCCCACUCGCUCUCCCUGCUCUACUGACCAACUGCCCACACUACCAAACUAACCCCUUUCCAUUUGUAUCCCUGUGCUAUACAAGCACUUAUAGUUAGCCUGGCACAAAACAGGCGCUCAGGGAUUCUAACACCUUGACAUAUCCCCCCUCUUCCGUUUUAGAUUCAACUUAGGAAGUUGAAUCGUCACAAUUAAAUUUAACGUCACGGUGUUGAAUCCUUUUUAAUACGUUGCAUAAUAACAUAGUGCUAGUAUGCUGCAACAGUUAAAACACAACAAAAUAUUACUGUACGUCAUGUACAGUAAAUAGUUACAACAUCAUUUACUAACGUCAGUACUCUACUGUAAAUUUUAUCUAAAUUAAAGAUCCAAAAAAAAUGAACAAAUCAAUUUUGAACGAACCAAAACAUAAUAACAAUAAACUGUUGACCUCCUAUCCCUCACAUUUAAACAAUGGAUAGCUAGCAAGCCCAGACCUAAUCAUCUUUGUUUGGAAAUAAUGAGAAUAUUUUCGAAUUAAAACAUUUUUACGAUAUAGUAGACCAAUCCAAAAAAUAGUUUAAUUAUCUUUUAAAUACCAGGCCAACUUCCGGGCCAACAUUACAUCGUUGAUCUUAGACUAAGAGAUUACGUAAGAAAGUAAACCAUCAGUGUUCUAAGUAGGUACAGAAAAAUGUCAAAGACACCAUUGAACCAACCUAUCUUUCCCUAAAUUAAACAUGAAAUCAAUCUCCACAUACGCAAAUUAAAAGUAGGACUGGAAUAACAUCAUUGACAACAUGUUAACAUGGAUAAGAAAUGCCCAAGUGUUCUGUUGUCUCAUGCUAAUGUCACUAGGUCGCUGUCUGCUGUUCUACUUGUCCGGUCCCUUCUACUGGCAGUUCUGUCUUUCUCACAGCCGGUUGCAUCGUCCAAGUUAUUUUACCGUAGUUGUCUCUGACUUGUAUAAGAAAACGUGUUCUCAUUCUACGUACUGUCGGACACUGGCUUAUGACAUGCCCUUGUCCCCUGCACCCAUAACACAUUAUAUUUCUAGAUCUAUCUCUAACUGUUCUUAUGUAUUGUCCAUUUGUAUUUGCAACUGCCCACCUGCACAAACUACCGAACCACCCCCUUUCCCUGUGUAUCCCUUCGCUAUACCAGCACUUAUAGUUCGCCUGGCACAAAACAGGUGCUCAGGGAUUCUAACUCCUUGACAGUGGUCCUUCGUUUUUUAAAAAUAUAUUUUCUAAUGCUGUUUUUUUUUCAUCCAGAUCUCAAUAAAGAUGGCGUCUUGGAGUGGAAGGAUUUUGAGGUGGCACGAGAGGUAAUCGAUCAGGUUUACAUUAACAAGUUAUAAUAAAGAAAAUUGUUUGAAGUUGUAAUACAUGUCGAGCAUGGGAGUUCAUUAGUAAUUGUUGCGACUCAAUAUUAUGUUCAUUAGUUGUUGAACGCUUUUCCCGCGCUUGACUAUUAUAGUUAGUGAACGCUCUUCCCGCCAUUGUCUUUAUGACGUAUUUUUAUGCUGAUUCGUGACGUAUUGUCUAUGCAGUAUUGUGACGUAUGUUUUAGUCGUGCGGAAGUCUUGAGUGGAACUUUGGAGUGAUAGGAUGUGUGUUAUUUAGGUCUGAUAGCGAGCUGCGCUAUAUUCAAGUGUUAUUUGUAUUAUAUUUACUUAGACAUUAAAGUUACAAUUAUGAUGAAAAGGAGUUGAGUUUCUUCAGUGAUAGUGGGAAUAGUACGACGCUUUCAACGUGUGAGAACUUAACGAAUAUAAUCAAUCCAAGAAGACUUAGGAGUUGACGAUACACAAAUAAAAAAUGAAGUGAUAAUACAGUAGAACCAAAGGUUUUCGUCUGCAAAGUCUCCUGCUUGUCAUUUGUCGAAACAUGACUUAAACCAACGCCAUUUAAAUUAUAUGAAAAUAAACGAACUCGAAAUGUAACAAUAAGAAUAGAGUCUAAGGAAGAAAUCAACUUCCAUGUCUCGAACGAGAACCAAACAGUAAUUAACAGGAAGGCUUCACAGUAAUAUCUUUUAAAAGGCAUUAAUAAACUAUUUCAGUUUUUUUUUUUUCAACAUUCUUUUGUUUUGCUUAAUUUUUGUUUGCAGUUCAAGGCAUCAGGCUUUCAACUUUCAAUUGUGUCCAGGACAUUUCUUUCAAACCUUUCAAACUUUUUUUUUUUUACGUCACGGGCUCAGCAAUAUAUUCAUAAAUUACUAAAGGUUAUAUAUACUUUAAAAACUAAUAUUACACCGACUUUCAUAUCGCUCAUUCUUUUCCACAACUUGACUCUUAUUACAUCUCAGAGAGUCUGUGAGAUAAGUGGCUGGAAAGUGGGUUCAGACAUGUACAUCAAAACGAAACUGCUCUUUGCUGAGAUAUGGCGAUACCUGCAGGACGAUGGGGACACGAACCUUGACGGCCGGAUGACGUCAGAGGAAUGGGUAGGUUGGAUUUAUUCUCUUCUAUAGGAGAGUAAUUUAUUUUUAUUUUAUUUUUACAUUUUACCUUAAAUCCUCAAAUUGUGUGUGUUUUCAAAUCAUAAAUUUUUUAAAAACAAUUUUUAAACAAAAUAAUAAUACAAUGCUGAAUUUCAUCAUUUGUGUGCCCUUUCCAUCAAAUUUAAAGACUUAUCAAUAUGAAAAACAUUGAUGUUAAGGAAUUUAAAGUACCAUAUGCUAUUUAAAAAAAUCAUAAUAUUUAAGUAGCAAAAUAAAAGGUUGGGAGUUAAAUUUUAGCUGGUGCCGGUUUGUUAAUUAUUCCAUGGCAUUAUGAGGGCUUUGUUUAUUCGAGCAUCAGCUUUACUUCCCACAUAAUCUCAAGUGUCCGACAUAAACAGAUCCCUUCCAUUGUUGAAAUCGUUAGCUCUGCUGCACCCAACUUCGUGGAACUUUCACCUGAAUUAUUGAAUUAUGUUUUACUGUGGUUAACUAACUAAAAAUGGCGUAUAAAAUACGAAGUCUUGAAUAAUACAAUGUGUUUUGAUCUUACUCACUAAUGUGGACUAAAUUUUCCUCUGAUUUUGCUCGAAAACAUGUGUCAUAACUUUUAAAAAAAUUUUUAAAAAGUAAAUGACGGAUUUAAUGUUUUCAAACAACAAAUUGUACGCUACUACGUAAAGAAACAUGCUUUUGGACUCAGUAAUUGACAUAUUUAAAUGUACAAUUUUAUAUAAAUAUUUUGGGUAUUUUAAUGUCACAUUUAUUGUGACAAAUAUUUAAUUAAUGAAUAUUUUAUCGCAAUCAGCUUAGAAUGUGGGAAAAGCUGAACCAAGAUUUUUUGGCCAGGAAACGAGAGAAGAAUCCGGAAAAACAGGAAGACAAAGUGCCUGAUUGGCUGGAUAGAUACAUCGAGUACAAAUUUCAUCUUUUCGACAGAACAGGUAAGGAUUGUAACAGAUGUGAAAGGAAUAUAGUCGUUUAUGAAAAAUAUAUAUUCUGUUUUCUUUUACACAAAUCAAUAUUUUCACUGAUAAUGAUUUGAACAAAAUUGUGAUGGCAUCGUGCGCGUCAAUGCUCCAUCAUUAUCAAGGCAUUAUCCAGGAAAAAAACAACACAAAGAUACGAAGAAAAAAAUAUAUUAGGCAUCCUUCCGUCUUCGUGAGACGAUGGAGCAGAUAUCUAGUCCUACACUGCAACUCACUUGGCCAAUCCUGGAAUUACAAUCUCGACUGCAUUUCUCUCAGGAGAAUAUUGAUUCCUGGUUAGAUUUGGCCUUCCGUAUUGUUCUUUUUGGUGCAAGGGCCUCGUUUCACGCAUCUUCUGCCCUUUUGACUCCUUCCUACACUACUGUUCGCCAGCUGGACCGUUGUUCUGCAAUGAUUUCCCAUUUGUUGAUUUCAAUGUUGGCUUCCCUCAUGCUCCGUUUGCAAACGUCCAUAAAUCUCAGGCGUGGCUGUCCAAUAAAUCUUCUUUUUGUUCCUUGUGGCAACUCUCCAUAAAGCUUAGAUAAACAAUAAAAGGAUCAGAUUAAAAAUAUUUACUUUACAGUUUCUUAACAGUUCAAUAGUUUUAAAAAAAAUUCAAGCUUGUUAUAUACAACGCCAGUUGAAAUAAAUUGAAUAAGGCUCUGUUAAAAGAUCAUCGCAAAAGAAAAUACAUUUGUUUAUAUAGUUGAGUACUGUAACACAUCUACUCUGACAUGGCGUGGGAUCUUAUUUCUUAUGCUGUGGGUUAUGUCAGUAGUAUGGUUACUUAUGCUAAUACUUCAGGAUGCCGACUAAGACUUCUUCAUUCUUCCACUUAUUAUCCAGGCACGCAAAGAAGAAUACUCAAUUCUGGUUAAAACUUACAGUACUUUAUUGAAUCACACUUGACACUGAUAAUAAUAAUCCUUGCAUGAAUGUAAUAAUUUCACAUGUAUAUAUUAUAGUAUUCCAUCAUUCAGAAAGACACGUCCUCACACUACUAUAACUCAGCUCAACUGUCUCGUUACUCAGCUCUAACUCUACUGUUCUCUACUGCUCUGCGCUCAGCCCUGACUAUAUCAGUCAACUCAUACUUUAUUACCAGCAAAGCGUGGAAAACAACCGCUCUGACAAAAACAUAAUUUUACUCUCCAAAAACGUGGAGCUCACAUUGUCCUCUCAAAAGACAAUUCACUCUCUCUCUCUUGUGGAAAAAACAUGGUCACUGUUCACUCAUGCUACCUCUCUGUUUUCAUGUGAAAACAUUGUACGUUACAAGUACAUUUUUUUACCUCUUUAUCACCGCAGACAAAGACAAUAUUGUAAUUGGAGCCUGUUGCCGGCGAUCUGCCGUGAUUUAGGAUAUAAUGUGUUAGCUUAAGAAAUGUUGUGGCUGCUUAGUCAGUCAAUAAUCACAAAAUUUGAUAAAAAAUCUGACUUUUUUUUUUCAAUCAGUUGUCAGAUAAUUUACGAUACUAUUUGAGGGACUGCGUUCAAGCCGUUUGACGUAUAACAAAAAUAUAGUGGAGCAGUGUUUAGGCUUGAGGUGAACACAGGGGCGCAUCAGAUGUAUCUAUAACGGCUUUAAAUAAUGAAACAGCGAGAGUUAAGAAUGAGAACAAAUAAGUCCAGAUUGUGCACCCUGUGUUCCAUAUUGAGUAAAUCACAUACCCUAUUGCUAGUGAUCCUUCAUUUCUAUUCUGAAUAUUCAUUGUUUAAAAUUUUACGUUAAUUCUAAAUAAGAUAUUUUACUUUGACGAUACGCACUACAAAAUUAUGUUCGACGCAUGUAUGGGUUUUGAACCACUUAACUUCCGUUUCUAACAAUAGCCAGAGUCGUAGCAAGGGGGUUUGGUGCCCGGGGACAAAAUUCGCGCCCGGGGACAAGAUCCAUUUUAAAGAGCCCCUUUUUCUUUUUUUCAACUCUCAAACCCAUCAUUUUUUACCCAUAUUAUAUUAUCAAAACACAUUUUGGCGCCCCUAACUAGCUUGCGCCCGGGGACACCUGUUCCCCCCUGCCACCCCCUUACUACGCCUCUGACGAUAGCCUUUUAAUUAAGCGCGUCCUGUUCUGAACAUUAAGCCGCAUUGACUUUACUGAGGUUUUCAAAUACACACGUUUUUUUUUUUUUUUUUUUUUUUUUUCAAAUACGCCCGUUUUUUUUUUUUUUUUUUUUAACUUUAAGUAUCUGUGGUUUCUUAUUUUUGUAUUGUCUACUGGAGCAGGCAUCGUGAUCAAAACGGCCGUUUAAUUGAACUCUAUUGUUUUUUUAAAACAAAUAGUUGAACCAGAAAAUUGUUUAAGCCUAAAGAUGUCUGGUUCAACGAUUCAUUUACAACGUGACAGUUUUUUGCAAUGAUUUGAAAGCCUAGGCGAUAUUUCGUCUGUUAACUUGUUGUUUUCGUGUCGAAAGCUUGAUUAUAAAUGUAUACCGAAUACUUCGAUUAAAAGGAUCGUUGCGUGAUUAAGAUAUAUUAAGUCCUAUUAAGUCCUUUUAAUUCAUGUUAGGUCAUUUUAAGUAAGAUCAAGUCAUUUGAAGUCAUAUAAAAUCAUUUAAGUCCCAUAGAUAUAUGAAGCCACGUCUCAUCGAGUCUUAGUAACAAUGAAAUUUGAACAUCUUAGCGGACGGUGCCAUAGACCUGGAAGAGUUCGAAUACGUGCUCAGUGAUUUUAACGUCUCUGCAAAGGACGCGCGGACAGCUUUCCUACUGUUCUCAGCGGUAAGAGUCCAGAUCAAACGUGUCACGUCACUUUAAAAUAGUGGCUAUUAUAUCUACAGAUUUCAUUUAAAGAAAUAGGUUACAAUUUGUCUUGUAGUCUAUUAUAUCUGCAUAUUUCAUUUAAUGAAAUAGGUUACACUAUGUUUAAUCAGGAACUCUGGUAGUGAGUGCACCAAGUGAGUGCACCAAGGGAGUGCACAAAGUGAGUGCACAAAGUGAGGGCACCAAGGGAAUGCACCAAGUGAGUGCACCAAAUGAGUGCACCAAGUGAGUGCACCAAGUGAGUGCACUAAGUGAGUGCACCAAGGGAAUGCACCAAGUGAGUGCACCAAAUGAGUGCACCAACUGAGUGCGCCAAGUGAGUGCACCAAGUCUAGUGUUGGCCUAAGGGGCUUGGGAUGUUGUACCAUUUAAAAUUAUUUAUUUCUUAACUUUUUUUUUAGAUCUUGUAUUAUUUUCUAUAAUUAAUUUAUAAGUAACUCCAGCUGGCCUUGUAUUGCUGUUGAUUCAAUAUUGUAACGACCUGUUCUUUUAUCUCAAACUGGCCGUGUGCUUCUGUGAGCGGAUGUGUUAUUCUAACGACUUGUUUUGUUAACUCUAACUCUGACUAGACUUGUGUGUUGUCCCCACCCCCCCCCUUUUCCCCAAAUUCCACAGAAUCACGAGCACAAGGUUGAUCUCCCCUACUUCAGACAGCUCUCUUUGGAGUUCUUCAGAUCAGAUGACCAGAGUGACCUGGGGAACUUUAUAACUGGGCGCCUGGACUUCACUUAGCAUACUUGUAUCUCUACUGAUUUUGUAUAUAAUGUACUUCUUGCUCACAUGGGGGAAAAAGUUUAUAUCUCCUCUAAACACAUUUUUUUAAAAAGCUUAACUAUGUUGAUGUAGAUCUCAGCAAUUUGGGGGAGGGGAAUAGAGAGAGAGAGAGAGAGAGAAAGAGGGGGGGGAAGAGAUACUUCUAAGUUGGUUGAUUUUAAUUACUUUCUGAGGAACAUAAUUUAGAAAAAUUAUUGAAUGCUUCGAAUGUCUUUUGCUGCUGUAAACUAGAUGAAUUGUAGAUUAAACACAAUCAAACUCAAAAUGUCAUGUGUUUGAAACAUAUUUGUUUUCAUUUAACGUUACACCGUAAAUAUAAAAACAAAAAGAAAUGCAGAACUAUUAACUGACUCAGGCUGGAAUCCAAUGAAAUUACCAUCUCUUAGAUUAUUACGUGUUUGUUAUGACCCAAUUUAAGACAAGUUACAGCAUCAAAAUUUAUGGUUUGUGAGGAUACUAAACAAUAUAGCUGACCAAUGUUGGUUUCAGAGAAGUAGGAGUUGCGAUGUCGCGGGGAGAUCAACUGUUGACUUGUUGUUUUUUUUGUCAUGGAGACUUGUGCGCAAAAAAAUCUUUGCCCUAACCUCACUAUGCAAAUUGGUAAAAUUAAUUAAUUUUUUUAAUAAUCUCGCAGCUGACAUUACGGUUCUUAUAUUAUAGCUUUGAUACCGGCAUUUGUGCGUUACCUUCAGACAUGCUGCGAUGAAUUGGUUUGUAUAUUAUUUGAUUUUUUAAAAAAUGAUAGUAUUAUAAUUUCAUUGUACUGACUCACCUGUGUCAUUAUCAUUCACAUAUUUUCUCAUAUGUCUGGCUCAAUCAACAUACUUUAUUGUGUAUUUCGUUACCACUCUGAGCCAGUUUGGUGAAUCCUGAAAGGAUUUGGGGGGAGGGGGAGAGGAGGGGGGAGAGAGACUCUUUGAAAGUUUAAACCAUCCCCUCCCCUUUUUCUUAAAAUGAAAAAAAAAAAUAUAUCAAAUUUUUUUUUAAUCAUUGUAUAAAAUAUAAAAUGUUGAUGCCUCAAAUCAACUUGAGGCCUCGUGCGGUGCUUGACACCGCAUAACCCUCUCCACCUCGCCACCGACCCCCCCCCCCACAUUCUGGACUUAAAGGCCAACGUAGAACACUUGUUGAAAUGAGCCGAACAAAACAUUGUUCUGCAUUGUCAUAGAUAAUAACAUACGCACCACGAGGUAAGAAAAUGACCCCUUUUUGUCUCAAUUCUCUAAUCUCAAGAUUUCGGUCAUUAUUUGCAACGAUUUUUAAGCGAUGGAUUUCGUCACUUGUCUUAAUUUAAUUUCCACGAUUUUAUUUCCUCUGGCUAUUGAAAUUAAUUAUGUACUAGGCUUAACACAAUCUGGAACUUUACUUCAAUAAGAAGGCACAUUGCAAUUUUUUUUAAUGAAAAUUACAAUUAAUGUUCCGUCUAAAAUGACUUUGAGACAAGAUUUUUAUUACCAUGCAUCACACGUUUCGCACAUCAUUGUGUAAUGAGACCGAAUUUAUUCAAAUGCUUUGUCUUGUUUAUUGUAAUUAUAAAAUUUUAAUUGUAAUUUAUGUAUUUCACGCUUACUUAGUAAACGUAUGUUUUUUAAUAAAAAAAACUACACAAGUCUGAUUUUUUUUUAAAAUUCCACAACUCAUUAAAUGUGAAUCCAUCACAUACAGAAAUAUUCACAUAUUUAACAUUAAUGGCAUUGUUUCAAAUAGGCAAUUUAACGUAUAAAGAAGUUCAUGCCAUAUAACAAUCAUAAUCCUCAAGAUAUAUAUACGUAAAACAUACAUGAAUAGUCAUCAUAAUUCAAUCACCAGCCCACAAGUCAUAUUUUAAUUGACAUAAAACACUGAAAUGCAAGAUAAAAAUACCCUGCAUUUAUUGAAGUAAAUUAACGGCUAAUACUACUCACUGCACGAAACAUUACACAAACGCACAUGCCAUGGAUAAUAACUAUUUGACUCUAUAUUUAACUUCGUUACAAUGCUAGUCCUCUCUAAGUCAUUAAAUGAAACUUUUUUUCUAAAGAAGGAGUGCAGUUGUCUAAUUAUACGCUCGCAUAAUUUGCUUCACCUUCUGUGCUCUAAAACCAGCCGUUCUCAACCUGUUGUCAUGACUCCUUUGGGCGUCGAACGACCCUUACACAGGGGUCGUCUAAGACCAUCGGAAAACACAUAUUUAUGAAGUAGCGAGGAAAAUAACGUUCCCGUUUGUUGCGGCUACAACGGGGAACUGUUAUUAAAGAUCGUGGCAUUAGGGAGGUUGAGAACCGCUGCUCUAGUCCAU